UUGUAAAGCAAUUAUAUUCCAAUACAGAUGUUAAUAAAAAUGAAAUUAGAAACUAAAAAGUAAAACUGACAAAAAACAUUUGUUAUUAUAAAUAACAAUGGAAAUUAGUAUGCUAUUAUACCCUUAGAACUACUGUAGAACAUGCUGUUCUUUGCUGUUCCACUUGUGGCAGGAUUCAUAGUUUUUCUAACAGGUACAGAUCCCUAUGCCUGAUACUGUGAGGAAAUGUUAUACUUGAGCUCCACUCUUAACUCUCUCAGGCAUUUUUUGGAAUUGUCUAAAAUGUAAAUCCAUACUGUCAACCUCCAGCAUGAUACCAGGCACAUAAUAGAAACCCAAUAAAUGUUUCACUGUGAGUGGAGUAUAAGUUGAUAGAAUAAUUUUGAAGGUUGAUAAGGCAGAUUAGAUUGAUCGAAAAUCUUUCAAUAUUUUAAGUUUGCAUCUCUUUCAUUCCAGAAUUUGUAUGUCUAGAAAUUUAUAUAUAGUUAUAUACAUGUGUAAAGAGGUUCACAUUGCAGCCUAUCUGAAACAGAGGACAAAACCAGAAAACAAACAAAAAACCGCAAACUGAAAACAACUAAAAGUCCAUCAAUAUUGGGCUGGUCAUGUAAAUUAUGUAAUGUUACGCAGCUAUUGAAGAGAAUAGAAUGGAUGUACGCAAAAAUUGACUGGGAGAAUCACUAUCCAAGACAGAUUGUAGACUAUGUACAGUAUGUUGCUCUUCUAUAAAAUACAGGAUAUCCCUUACGUACAAAUACAUACAAGAUACAAGUGUGUAUGUAAGCACUUGGGAAAUAUGUGAAAGAACCACACAAGAAAGUGGGAGAGUGGGACAACUUUCCAUGUCCCGUAUGAUUGGAAUUCUGAAGGGUACACACACGAACUAAUGGACGUGUGCUACCAGCCUCCUGCUAAGGAGGGAAAUUGCAGGCAUCAGAAUCCUCUUUACUAAUGAAGAAUCUCAGUAGGCCGACGUGAUGACAUCAUCUCGACGGGCGAUGGUGAUUGCGCAGUAGAAGGAGGUCUGCGAGCUGCGUGGGCUUGUGCCUAGGCGCCUAUGUUUCAUGGCCUUGUGCUGGCACCGGGGGCGCCGGGUUGGCGACUUUGGCACUCUUGACGUUGGGUGGACGAUAUCUUGGGGGUCACAUGAGCCAGUGGCAUCAUGCCCGCGGGCGCUGGGGCCAGCGUCGCGGCUUUUCCGGACGUUCGUCGGCCAAGAGGAAGGGCGGAAAGCACAUCCUGGAAAGGUGGAAGGACUAUCUCCCAGUUGAACAGCGGAUGCCUGGGACUCGUUUCAUUGCUUUCAAAGUUCCUUUCAGAAAGGACUUACAAGAAAUUAUUCCUUAUUUAAAAAUUUGUACAAUUGGGCAUCUGGUGCCAGAUGAUCACACCAUUUUUAAAUUCCAAUGUGCUGUUAAAGGGUUUCUGAAAGAAAAUAAAGAUAAUGACAGGCUUAUUGGUGUCCACUGUACCCAUGGUUUAAACAGGACUGGCUACCACAUCUGCAGAUAUUUGGUUGAUGUAGAAGGCAUGUGGGCAGAUGAUGCAAUUGGAUUAUUUAAUACGAGCCGUGGACAUUGCUUAGAAAGACAAAACUACAUUGAAAACCUUCAGAAUGGUCUCAUCAGAAAGAAUCGGGAUUCCAGUGUAUCCAGAACAAGUGGUUUUGAUGACUCAACACAUAUGAUGGAACCAGUUCACACAGCUAAUAAGUCUGUUAACCAAGGAAGUAUAACCUACAUUAGACCCCAGGUUACCCAACAUCUUGGCAUUUCCAUACCCAGACCCAAGAUUUGCAGAAAGAAAAUUUUCACAGAAUCAAAACAUUUACCAGAGAGGCCAUAUUCCUACUCCUGGUCCCCACGGAGAGGACUGUUUACAAAGGAGGUACUCUUGGAAUGUAGAGCCAAACGCCAGUCAAGCAGCGCAGAACAGAAGGUGGUAUCCUGGCAAUUACUACAGACUACCCUAUCCGACCUAUUAUAGAUGGACCAAGUGACACAAGCCUACCCUGGAAAUCUACCUGGAGACAGAACAGGACUGAAGACAGCCAGAGUGACGUUUUAUAAAAUCAGGUCAAAUGAGGUUUAUAAUCUAUUUUAGUGCUCCCUUAUGUGUUUGAGCUUAAGGAAAAAUUAUAUUGAUACUUAGCUCCGCUGAUAAAUUUGCAGUAUUUACAACAGUGAAGGAAAUAGUCUGUCAUUCUAAUCUUAAAUUUUUUUUAAAGGAGGAUGAUAUUUUAGAACUGAUAAAAAGUAAUAAAGAACAUCGCUUGUAAAUUAUUUUUAAAAAUUC